AAUGUCUAAAAUGUCUAAAAUGUCUAAAAUUUCUAAAAUGUCUAAAAUAUCUAAAAUGUCUAAAAUGUCUACAAUGUCUACAAUGUCUAAAAUGUCUAAAAUGUCUCAAAUGUCUCAAAUGUCUCAAAUGUCUCAAAUGUCUCAAAUGUCUGAAAUGUCUGAAAUGUCUAAAAUAACUAAAAUGUCUAAAUGUCUGAAAUGUUUAAAAUGUCUAAAAUGUCUAAAAUGUCUAAAAUGUCUAAAAUGUCUAAAAUAUCUAAAAUGUCUCAAAUGUCUCAAAUGUCUAAAAUGUCUAGAAGGUCUAAAAUGUCUAAAAUGUCUAAAGUGUCGAAAAUGUCUCAAAAGUCUCAAAUGUCUCGAAUGUCUAAAAUGCCUAAAUUGUGUAAAAUAUCUAAAAUGUUAAAAAUGUCUAAAAUGUCUGAAAUGCCCGAAAUGUCUAAAAUAUCUAAAAUGUCUAAAAUGUCUGAAAGGUCUGAAAGCUCUAAAACGAAAAAAAUAUCAAAAAUGUUGAAGAAGUAAAAAAUGUCGUAAAUGUUAAAAAAUGUUAAAAAAUUGUCAAAAAUUUUUGAAAUGCUAAAAUUAUCGAGAUGUCAAAAAUAACAAAAAUUUUACAUACUUGGUAUGUAAAAUAUGUCAAAAACACCGAGAGGUUUUUAACAAUGGUAACAUCAGCUUAGGGAGCUGGAAGUUCCUAACAUUUUAUGAUUACAACGCAGAGGCUGUAGCUUUCUGAGUGACGCAUUAAGACAUUUUCCAUUAAAAGUUUACGUUAAUCAUUAUUAUUGACGUGAAUUAGCACGUUGGGUUGAGUAAACAAUGUCUAUCUUUUAUGACAGCCAUUCUGGUGUGGAUUCUGUUGUAUGAUUCCGAGUCACUCCACAAACCAUUUCAAAAUCAUUCGCACUUGCUCUGCCGAAAUAGCUCGCAUUCCUCCAGGUGAUAAUUUCAAUUGCAACCGAGCUAAGCUUUCGAAAACGGAGAAGGCAGAAAAAAUAUCCCACGAGUACACUCAACAAUUUCCAUACUUUGGUCCAAUCUCAGUUUCCAUGACACGAUGAUGAGCAGUGUAAACAAAACCAUAUCGGGCCGGGCGAAGCGAAGGCCCCGAGAGGCAAAACCAACAGACAUAUUGCCAAACCGCAGCUGCUGGACGGGAGCUCAGAUGCGGUCAACGGAGGCACAUUAUCGCUAUCCUCGCUUGAUUGGUCGUUUGUAACUAUUUAUUAUUAUUACUGCUAUGUGUGCGGUUCGUCGUUGUCCUGUGUCUCAUCGCAGCAUAGCACUGCAAUUUGGGGUCUAAUCCGUUUAGUAGGGUAUUUCAUAACUUCAGUUCAGAAUGAUUGGAUGUCACGAACGUGCUCGGAUGGAACCAUUAUGUUGCAUCGGUCGGUUAGUCAGCUAGCCGGUCAGUGCUUCCAUCCGUGAUGGCUUUUCAUACUGCCAGGUAGCGGCGACUGAUUGGUGAGCGCUGUCAGUGUCAGCAAAAAUGGACAGAAAGAGAGUUUCGAAACCUUUACGGCCGCGGCACUUGCCGCUUGAGAAUAAUGAUUGCGUUGUUACAACUUCGGACGCUGGGAAUCCUUAAACCGUUAAUAACUAUUAAUGAUUCUCAAAUUUAAAGGCCACAAGUUGAAGGGAAGGAAAAUGGAAAAAGCGGCUUUCAGUUAUGCGGCCGCUGUCUAACCAAGCGAAAAACACCCUUUCUGAUGGAAGUCUCUUUCAAUGGAACGUCGCCUUUCAUCCUUUCGUGUACAUUUUCCCCGCGCUGAACAGAAAACGACAUUCGUGGAAACCGUGGCAGAUGAACCCGAUGUGUAUAAUAAAAAGUAUAGUGCCACAUUAUAACAGCAAUCUCGACAGCUCGUCGCGAGGCCUCCCGACGAGAGUCGGAAUCUGGUGGCCAAACCGGUUUUUGCUGUUUGGAAUGUAAAUUGGUUUUGUGUGACGGUUUGUUACAGCAGCGUGGUUUGGCCCGGAGUGUUAAAUCCGAUUGGUGUAGGCAGCGAACUUGGGCGAAAAUAAUAUGCGUAGUUCAGCCUUGAAAACAUCACAAUCGUACGUGAUCUGUGAUUGCGAUUUUCUAAGUAAAAAUAUAGUGCGGUAAUCGUUGAUGCAAUUCGUUGUGGUUGGAUUCUUAAAGAGCGACGGUGAAUAGUUUUAGCUUAACGGUUUCUCCAUUUUAGGGUACAAAUUUCAUUUGAAAUUUUAUGGAAUGUGACUAGUAAUGAAAACAAACACGGAUCUUUGCUUCACUUCUACUUUAAAUUAUUUCUUUAUGAAAACUGAAUAAUUACAGUGCUUCUUUAUGAAAACUGAAUAAUUACAGCGCUCGAUACUUUCGAGCGUACAUUAUUACAAUGCCGCGGUUCACAAACAUGUCCCUAGAGUCGCAUGCACAACUAUAAAUGAUUGAAUCUUCUCAUCUGAUGAAUGUAUAAAAUCUGAGUCAUCCCAUGGAGUCUGUACAUGAUGACGUAAUGAUGACUUUAUACUGCGGCACCGACCGUGAAUCAAUUAAUCGUGCGUAGCCGCUGGGUAUUCGUGUGAAUGCUUUCGGACUAAUUCUAGCCAAGCAUAUCGCUGUUCCCGUUAAACUACGAAUGCAUUCAGCCAUCGGGAAGACCCAAUUCGGGUGUUUAUGUGUCAUGCAUAUUUCUUGUUUGGCAUUUAGGUGAACGAUUUUAUUAGGUUGUUGUUUACUACUGAUUUCAACAGAGAUGCUUGGUACUAAAAAUGUUAUUUUUUUUCUUCCAGGUAUUGUUCUUGUUCCGUUUGCGUAAACUUUAAAGGUUGGUACUUACUUAGCGGUCGGCUGUAAUAACGCGUAUGUUUGUGCGUAGCUGUUAAUGCCAAUAUCUAGGUUAACGAUCCGUAGCGGCGCGAAAAUUGUUGAAAUGACCUCGACAAGGUUCAACAUGUGGUCCCUGCUGAGCCUAGUGCUGGUGCUCAGCGUGCUGAUCAGUCCGUCCAUCACACUGCCCAAUGGUGCCCCGGAGAGUGUUUGCAGUACGAUGCUUCCGUUCCACGGCGGAGGAAUCCCGCCGCUUACGACGACCUCUCCGUUUCGGAUAACGCCAGUGACAUCGGUUGUCGGUAGUGGUCAGGUGCUGCAGGUGGAAAUCGAAUCAUUUCCUGCCAACGUCGUGUUCAAAGGCUUUAUGUUGCAAGCCCGCAACCGUUUUCCACCGUAUCAGGUUGUUGGCCACUUUGAGCUCGUCGAUGAGAGUGCUAUUAAGUUGAUUAACUGCGGUGGCGAAAGCAACACGGCCACUCACACCAACACACAGCCCAAGAAGGAGCUGACUUUGGAAUGGAUUGCUCCCACUGACUUUAAGGGUGAAAUUGUGUUCAAUGGAACGAUUGCUCAGGAUUACGAUAAGUUUUGGGUUGGUCUGCAGUCAACACCGGUGAAGAUAGUCGAGAGCGGCCAAAGUCCCACAUCAGUGGUUGGAAUUUCCACCACGAGGAGACCACCGAUGACCACCACCGUGCCAUCGUACGUUGCUCCUACCAGUGCCAGGGCCGCAACAUUCGAUCCAAUUUACGAGGGUUGCGGAGAAACCAAGGGUUGCUUCGGAUUUCCUGAGGGAUGUGUUGAGACCCGUAACUGCCGAGCGGUUGUUGCUACUAUCGUGCAGGGCGAACGAUAUAUUUUCGAAAUGAAAUCGGGAUACAAUCGCCCCGCAUACAUCGCCGUUGGACUGUCCAAUGAUGCUAAGAUGGGUAACGAUUCGGUGCUAGAAUGUGUUCCGGAGCAGGGAACCAUUAAGGCUUACGCUUCGUGGACGUCCGCCGGUCCGUACGGUGUUAGUCGAAGUGGAAUCCCGCAGAACUUCUUCCAAUUACGCCAACACUCUUACGAAGAUGGCGUUAUCUACUGUCAGGUGGAGCGAGAUGCUUUAAGUAUUGUGGCUAAAGAAAAGUUUGAUCUCGUCAAUGAAAAGUAUCACCUGUUGCUGGCAACUGGAAGCUCUGCUGAUUCGGUUCAUGUGUCAUACCAUGACAUCGGUCGUCACGUUUCUGGCUCUCCACUAGCGUUGGCUGAAGUAGGACCAGUGAAAGGGUCCUCGAAGUUACUGCUUCGAUUACAUGGUGCUUUCAUGUUGGUUGCAUGGAUCGGAACUGCAUCGCUCGGUAUUCUGCUGGCACGCUAUUUCCGUCAGACCUGGGUGGGCAACCAAUUGUGCGGAAAGGAUCAAUGGUUUGCUUGGCACAGAUUCCUAAUGGUGAUCACCUGGCUGCUCACGAUCGCCGGUUUCGUUGUGAUUUUCGUCGACAUCGGCGGUUGGUCGCAGAUCGAUAAUCCCCACCCGAUUCUGGGCGUAGUGACUACAGUUUUGUGCUUCCUGCAACCGAUCGGCGCCUUCUUCCGACCACAUCCCGGAACCAAGCGGAGACCGCUGUUCAACUGGCUGCACUGGCUGGGUGGAAAUAUUGCACAUAUCGUUGCCAUUGUUGCCAUAUUUUUCGCCGUGAAACUGCCGAAAGCCGAUCUGCCGGAGUGGCUGGACUUUAUUCUGGUUGCCUUCGUGGCAUUCCACGUGUUCAUGCAUUUGAUCUUCUCCAUUCUCUCCUGGAUUCAGAUCGGUGGCUGCGUCAGUGAACGACGCAAUGGUCAGCGCGUGACGUCCUUCCCGAUGGCUGAUAUGACUCCAUCCCGAAACUCGAUGAGCUCGGGCGAUCGCAAACAGGAUGCUGCCUUCUCUGGAUUCCGCAAGGUGAUGCUGUUCUUCUACAUUCUCAUCAUAGUGGCAUUCGUGAUCGCCCUGGUGGUCAUCGCUGUGCUCGCUCCCAUUGAGGACACCGUCGAAAGCAUAAAGAAGCAGAUCAUGAACUAGGAAGCAAUGGUUCUUCGACUAUUCGACUCCAUUUUGUUACGUGCUACGCAAAAAUAAUAUCUUUAACAUUAGUAUUUAACGGGCAAGCAAGAAAGCUUGUCACCCGAAGCUCUAUUUGUACAUUCUCACCAAUUCUUAUUCGGCAUUUUUCUGUAGAUAUGUUUGUAUAGAUGAGUGAAAUAGUAUUUUGAACAAACGCUACUAGGAAUGAUAGCGAUAGUACCGCAAUUCAGUGGUUGUAUAGAAUGUAUGUUAUGUUGAGAGUGUUUGCCGAGUGAAAGACAAUCGAUCGACCUUGAACAUGCAGAUGUAUGUUUUGCUUUUUGAGACUUUUCUCACCAGGAAAUUAUUUAUUUACGAUUAGGCUGACACACUGAUGUUGGCUACGUUUACAGCUGUUGUUUUCUUAUGUUCAGUUUCAGUUUAUUCACUUUGAAUAUUUUUGUGCGUCAGGUCAGUUGAGUUGUGACAGAAUUCUGUAUUGAAUGUAUUGAAGCAAAUAGUAAUAGAAAAGCCGUAUUUACGUAAAUACCAUUUCAUCGGUUAGGAGUAAUGAGUACUUUAAUGAAACAGUAAAAUAAACGUUGCCAUCCACCUCAAAAAUAAUGUUUU